AUGUCUCGCCAGGCGGACGACAAGCUUAACAGAGUCUCAUCAUCCAUUACACAACCCAAGUCGCAAGGUGCAUCGCAGGCUAUGCUGUACGCCACCGGUCUCUCAGAAGAUGAUAUGAACAAGGCUCAGGUUGGCAUCUCGUCCGUCUGGUACGAGGGCAACCCUUGCAACAUGCACCUGAUGGACCUGUCAAAAAUCGUAAAGGAGUCUGUUGCCAAGGCGGGCUUGAUUCCUUACCGGUUCAACACUAUCGGCGUCAGUGACGGUAUAUCAAUGGGCACAACUGGCAUGCGGUACUCUCUUCAGAGCCGAGAAAUCAUCGCCGACAGUAUAGAGACUGUCAUGAACGGCCAAUGGUACGAUGCCAACAUCAGCUUGCCUGGCUGCGACAAGAACAUGCCUGGUGUUGCCAUUGCCUUUGGACGUGUAAACCGCCCAAGCAUCAUGGUUUAUGGCGGUACCAUCAAACCGGGCUGUGGCCAGUCCGGCGAAUCCCUGGACAUUGUGUCAGCUUUCCAGGCAUACGGACAGUACAUUACUGGUGAGAUUACGGAAGAGCAGCGCUUCGACAUUAUCCGCCACGCGUGCCCGGGCAGCGGUGCCUGUGGUGGCAUGUAUACCGCCAACACCAUGGCCACUGCCCUCGAAACCAUUGGUCUUAGUCUCCCUGGCAGCAGCAGCAAUCCUGCCGAGGACCCCAGUAAAAUUGCCGAGUGCCAGAGCGUCGGAGAGGCCAUCAAGACCCUUUUGAAGGAGGAUAUCCGACCCCGCGACAUCAUGACCCGCCAGGCUUUUGAGAAUGCCAUGACGGUCGUUUCCAUUCUUGGUGGCAGCACCAACGCCGUGCUCCACCUUAUUGCCAUUGCCGACUCUGUUGGCAUCAAGUUGACCAUUGAUGACUUCCAGAGCGUCUCUGACCGCGUUCCCCUGCUGGCCGAUCUCAGACCCUCGGGUAAGUUCGUGAUGGAGGACGUCCACAAGAUUGGCGGCACGCCCAGUCUGCUCAAGUUCCUUUUAAAGGAGGGCCUUCUCGACGGCUCCGGCAUCACCGUUACCGGCAAGACCAUGAAACAGAACAUGGAGAACGUUCCCGACUUCCCCUCUGACCAACAGAUCAUCCGCCCACUGAGCAACCCCAUCAAGCCUACCGGCCACAUCCAGAUCCUCCGCGGAUCUCUCGCACCUGGAGGUUGUGUGGGCAAGAUUACAGGAAAGGAAGGUCUCCGGUUCACAGGCAAGGCCAAGGUCUACGACUCGGAGAGCGAUAUGAUUGCCAGUCUGGAGAGGGGCGAGAUCAAAAAGGGCGAAAAAUCUGUCGUCAUUAUCCGCUAUGACGGUCCUAAAGGUGGCCCUGGUAUGCCGGAAAUGCUAAAGCCCUCGUCUGCCAUCAUGGGUGCCGGUCUUGGCAAGGAUGUUGCCCUCUUGACUGAUGGUCGCUACUCUGGUGGCUCUCAUGGCUUCAUCAUUGGCCAUAUCGUCCCCGAGGCCAUUGUUGGUGGUCCCAUUGCACUUGUAGAGAAUGGCGAUGAGAUUGUCAUUGAUGCCGAAAAGCAGAUCAUUGAUCUCAAUGUCCCAGAGGCUGAGAUGGAAGCUCGACGGAAGGCAUGGAAAGCACCCGCUCCUAGAUAUACCAAGGGUACCUUGAAGAAGUACGCAGCUCUGGUCAGCGACGCAAGCGCAGGGUGUGUCACGGAUGGUUCUAUUCACUAA